AUGAAGGAAUAUCAGCACCUCACCCAGGAACAGGUUGACCACUUUCUCAAACACGGGUAUCUCGUCAUCAAGAGCGCUUUUACCCCUGAGAAGGCCGCAGAAUGGACGGAGACGUUGUGGGUUCGUCUAGGAUUGGACCCGAACGAUAAGUCCACUUGGGACAGGGAUCGCAUACAUAUGCCAUGGCAUCGACGGGAAACCGUCGCGUCUUUUGCACCGAAAGCGUGGGGGGCAAUCACCGAGUUACUCGGUGGAGAAGAGCGCAUCGAGGAAUCCAGCAGUGCGUGGGGAGAUUCAUUCAUCGUGAACCUCGGGACAGCGGAGCUGGAGAAGGAAGCUCAGGAUAUCGACCCGAGGGACCUCGAUAACUGGCACGUUGAUGGAGAUUUUUUCGUGCACUUCCUAGACUCUCCGGAGCAGGCUCUACUCGUUAUCCCCAUCUAUUCGACCAUCCAUCCAAGGGGUGGUGGGACCUACAUCUGUCCCGACGCAAUGCCUUUGACCGCCAACUACCUCGCCCAACAUCCUGAAGGCGUUCUUCCGACCGGAAAAUCCUUCACGCCGUCGACGUCGACAUAUGCAGAUCCCAAGGACCACCCAGAGCAUUGGUCUCAUUUGGAGACAGCGAAUCGGUGUCAUGAGUUCGUGGAGUGUACGGGAGAAGUCGGCGAUGUCGUCCUUCUGCAUCCGCUCAUGUUGCACUCCGCCUCGAAGAACUAUUUGCGUAUACCGAGGGUCAUAACGAACCCGCCCGUGUCACUCAAGCAACCAUUCAAGUUUCAGCGCGAUGAUCCCGAAGAGUACAGUUUGGUAGAGCGGAAGACGUUGAAGGCACUGGGAAGGGAGGGCUUAGAUUUUACGCCCACGACGGAGAGGAGGAGGGUUGUGCCGUUGAGGGUCGGAAACCAGGAGAAGAUGAAGGCGGAGGAGCUCCGUAGGCUUCAGGCUUGGCGAGAGGUGAGGGAGUAAGUAGUUGGAUGUUGUGGGUUGUAUCAGUAUUGAACUUUGUAUCACACUAUGCUCUUCAUUUUUGAAAUAUCAU